CCUCGGAAACACGGCGACACAAGCAGGUUAACGACGGCUAAUUAAUCGCCUCCUUGUCUACUGUGGUAUCCAAAUUCACUUGAAUUUAAAUCAUUCAAAAAUUGUUUACGCAUUAGAGAGUAAAGAGGAGUUAAGUCCAAAAGGCGGGAAGCGAAGAAAAGCACCGCAGCCAUGACUGGUCACUGAACGUCUCAGCGCCAGAUGCAGGAGCAGCUCCGGCAGCGGGAGGCCCAGCGCCUGGCCCGAGACCGGCAGCAGCAGGCCGGUAUGCGGGACGAGGAGAGCUUCGAGAGGAGGAGGAACCAGCGACAGGCGCAGGAGGAACUCAAGGAGAGGCGCACGGAGAGCGCCAUGCUGAAGGCACAGGAGGAGAAAAUAAACAGAGAAAAGCAACUGGAGCAAGAGGAGAGAAUAGCUAAGGAGCUGGCCCGCAUCAACAUUGAGACACAAAGAAAUGAGAAAAUGAGACAGUAUAUUAAAGAGAACAGCUUGGAGCUUCGAGAACUGGAGUCAAAGCUGAAUUAUGCGUAUUUGAAUAAGGAAAGAGCCGCACAGAUUGCUGAGCAGGAAGCAACGAGGCUUAAGACAAUGCGCGAGGAGGCAGACUUAGCCCGCAAGAUGAAGAGCGAAUAUGAGCGAGGAGACGUCGAGAUGCAGAAACUGGAGGAGAAACGCCACGAGGAGCUGGUGCAGUGUCAGAGAGAGCUGCAGCAGCAGCUCGUGGAGAGGGAGCGCAAGAGACAAGAGGCGUACGAGGAGUUCCUCAAAGAGAAGCUCGUGGUUGAUGAGAUCGUCAGGAAGAUCUACGAAGAGGAUCAGAUGGAGAGACAGCUGAAACUGGAGACGGUCAGAGCCACUCAGCAACACAUCGAAGCGUUCAAGAAACAGCGAGCUGAGUGGAGACGCAUGGAGCAAGAGAAGAUGGAGGCGGAGAAUAAACGGAUCAUGGAGUUUGUGAACAAUCAGGAGAACAUGGAGGAGAGCAGAAUGGCUAAGAUCAGAGAGAAGGAAAAAGGAAAAGAUCAUCUUCAUAAAAUACUGUCUGAGAAGAUGGAAGGGGAGAGGCAGCAUCGUGAAGAGAUGCAACAAGUCCGUGAGGAACUUUAUUUAGAAGAACAGGAAGAGGCUAACAGGCAGAGAGACAUUGAAGAGAUGGAGAAGAAAAUCCGACAGCGGUUGAUGAUGCAGCAGACCUGCCAGCAGCAGAUAGCUUUCAAAGAGAUGCGACGGCAGGCAGAGAAAGAGGAAGAGGAGGCCUUCAGGAGAAUGAUGAUGGCUAAGUUUGCAGAAGACGACCGCUUGGAGCAGAUGAAUGCCCAGAAGCGACGCAUGAAGCAACUCGAGCACAAACGCGAGGUGGAGGAACUGCUGGAGGACAGACGACUGCAGCGCGAGGCCGACUUGGAACUGGAGGCUAAAGAAAGAGCCAUCGAGCAGGAGAGGGAGGCGCUGCGUCGGCAGAUAAUUGAAGAGGAGAGGCAGCGGCUUCUUAAACGCCACGCAACACAACUCCUCGGGUAUCUACCAAAGGGCUUGCUCCGUGAAGACGACCUGGAGCACUUUGACGAAGACUUCAGAAAAAACUUUAAACCACGGCAGGCGGAGGAUAUCUUCUCUGAGGACGACUGGGACGGCGAUGAGUAGAUU